CUUAAUUGCAAAUUUGGAGCCCAUUUAGAUGCAUUCAUCUUAAACCAAUUUGUAAUGGGUUUGCCAAAUUUUAUGUUCGAGAGGCUAUGUGAGGAAGAUGAAACUCUAACGGUGCAAAGUGCGUUGAGAAAAGCUAUGAUAUUGGAAACAAAAAACAUGGCGAAAGUAGCAGAAAGGGAUCAAAGUUCAGUAAACUUUGUUAACAGAUCGAAGCCUUCGAGAAAAAAUGGCGGUGGUGGUAACAGCGGCAAUAGUUAUGGCGGUAACAUAAGUGGUGGUGGCAGCAGCGGUGGUAGCGGUAGCAGAGGCAGUGGCAGCAGAGGAAAUUUUGGUGGCAGCAGAGACAAUAACGGCGACGGUGAAAGAAAAUCAUCGUGCUCUCAUUGUGGUUGGCGUAACCAUAGCUCGCAGUCUUGUAAAUACAAGAACAGCAAGUGUCAUUCCUGUGGAAAAAUUGGCCAUUUGGCAUCUGUUUGCUACAAUAAAAAGAGAAGUGUUAAUUACGUUUCUAAUGACACUAGUGAAGAUUAUGCUGAUAAUGAUGUUUUCAAUUAUUCUAUUUUUAGUGUGGCUGAGCGAGGUUCUAGUGACGUGUAUUCCCUUCCAGUAAUAAUUGAUGGUGUCAAAUUGAAUGCUGUGUGUGAUACAGGUGCGCCAUGUACAUUGUUGCCUUUGUCGUUUUAUGAAAACAACGAUGUUAAGAAGGUUCUUCGUCCAUGCCAUGUACCAUAUGUGGAUUAUAGCGGAGACAAAUUGAAGCUGGUUGGUGAAUAUGAUGCCUCAAUUACUUUUGAAGAAACAUGAAACAUUGCACAACAACUGAAUCUCCAGCUAUGCUGUUCUUUGGCAGGAAACUGAAAACCAGAUUUAGUCUUCUAAAACCCCCAACAACAAAACAAAACAUACUUAAGUCUCAAGACAACAACAUAGUUCAUCACAACGGUAAUCGCAAAGAGUUUUUUUUUGAAGGUGAAACUGUGUUAGUACGCGAUUAUCGAAAUCCAAAUAAACCUAGUUGGACUAAGGCAGUAAUUCAACGGCAACUAGGUCUACAAUCUUACUCCUGUGUUUUGUCUCACAACAACAACGUCAUCAAACGUCAUCUUGAUCAAAUUCGUGGUCAUAAUCUAACACAAAAACAACAGCCAAUCGAGCAACCAACAACAACUAAUAACAACAACACAUCAUCAUCUGAACCUGUUCCUAUGCAAAUGAAUGAGGAUGUUUCACUCACUAGAAUGGAGCUCAGACCACGAGAGGGAGGUAGAGUUGUAAAGAAAUAACUCAAUUACAAUUUUCUAUGUAUUUUCAAUAUAAAAUCAUUUAUUUAUUAUCAGCUUUAGAAGGAGCAUAUAGAGUAUUAAUUGUUAAGUACCACUCUAAUACACAAUUAUACAUUGUACAUAAAUCUUAACAUUCUAACAUCUUAACACUCUCUCUCAUAUCUGUUGUCAUAAGUUGAUGUAUCUCAUAGACACAUACACACAUACACCUGUUUAUACAUAUAUUUAGUACUAAGCUCCCAUUAGUAGUUCUUGCAGCUUUGAUUUGCAAUAAAGAAAACAGUAAGCAUUUGAAUAC